GGCUCGAGGCGGAGAAGUAGCUAAGACGCCCGCAUUCUGAACCAGGGCUUUCGCAUUUAGCCGGUGCCCAUUGAGGGCGGCUCAUGGGCAAAAGGAAGGCUGUGGUCAUGGAGCACGUUGAGUCCCCUCUCGCUAAGAAGCCCGCCAAGCCAAAGGCGCUGGUGGCCUUAUGCCAAGAUGCGCAUUUAGAGCUCCGACUUGGUGACUGCAACAAGGAGCUGCUGGAGCAUCAGGCGGCGACACGGCAGAUUCAGGAGGUUUAUGGCAGUGCAAGGAGGCAGACGAAUGUGCUGCUCGCCGCGCUUCUGGCAGGAGACGAGGGCACUGCGGCCAAAACUCUGCAGUUGCUGGAGCAGGUUCCUGCCCCACAGCAGGUCGUGGGGGAGGUAUGGUCCAAGGAGGCUCGGGCUCGAUUUGCCGACUCGGGCGAGUUCUCCAACUUUACCGAGGGCUACCUCACUUGCCUCCAGAUCAAAUCCUUCCUCGACUCUGGGGUUCUGACUGUCUCCUGGCCGGAGGCUUUCAGGUCGGGCAUUGACAACAUCGAUGACGAGAGGUAUUUGUUGAGCCUAGUCAGCGCGGUCAAAGAGCUCGAACGAUUUGCCGUUGGACGAGCACGCGUUUUGGACUUGCAGUCCAUUCGCAUUGCCUGGACGACAUCGCAGUGCGUCGAGCAGGCCAUGCUCCAGUUUGAUUUCCGCAACAGCGUCCUUCGGCAUCGCUACGACUCUGUCAAGUACGUGGUGAAGAGGUUGGAGACUCUCGUGUAUGAAGUGGACCUCGCGGUGCAGAGACAUUGUGCUUUGCAAGGUGGAGCCCAGGCAGAAGCUCCGGCAGCUAGCACUGAGCCUCCUGAGCCUAAGCAGGACGCCAUCAGCCUUGACCUUUUAAAUGGCAUCAAGGAGCGGUAUGAUCGCUUUACUGAAUCGCGGGAGCAGGUCAUCAAGCGGUCGCGCGAUGUCGGAAAGGGUGCCAAGAAUGCUGUGUAUGCUUUGCAGAGAGAAGACUUCAAGAAGGCAGACCAGAUCCUGUCCCAGUGCGCCAAGGAGGCGGAAGCCAUCUUCAAGGAGCACGUCCUGGCCGCUCCCACGCUCCGCGGCGGCGGCUUCAGCGCCGCCCUGGAGGAGCUGGCAGAGGCAGUGUCCUACCGCAGCUUCCGCAAGGACCGCAAGCUUUUGAACAAAGCAGAGCUGCAGACAGCCACUGAUCUGAACUUUGAGCUCACCUUGCCAGAAUACCUGGGAGGAAUAUUGGAUCUCACCGGGGAGGUGGGCCGAUUGGCAGUUCGCCAAGCAAGUCGUGGGCGAGAGGCUGUACAUGAAGUGGAGCUGUGCCUCGCUUGUGUCGAGGGCGUUUGCUGCGGCAUCCAGGAGCUGGUCUACCUGCCUGGGGUUGGCAAGAAGAUGUUUGCUGCCAAGGCAACUUUGCUGAAGAUAGAGGGCGUCCUCUAUGAGCUGGCGCUUCUCUCGCACGCCGGCUUGCGCGCAAAGGCUCCAGAGCCACCGCAGGAAGAGGCCAACACGGCCGAUGACAGCUGCGUGCCGCAAAUUUUGCUACUGCAUGCACGUGCUUUGCGGAAGUUGCGAGCUGAGGCAGCGGAGAGCCAGAGUGUGACGCACCUACCAAGCGGGGAGUCUUGGGCCGUGCAGCGUCGCUUGACGGAGUGGCUGCGCCUCGAAGAGCGGAUGUCUCGAGAAUGCGGCAAGGCUAUGCGACAUGCAUCAGUCCUGCGGAGCUGUGUGGGCAGCCGGCGUUCUGGCAUUUUGCGCGAUGCACCGCGAAGGCAAAUGGACCGCCUGCAGGCUAGGUUGUCGGAGAUGCUGAGCGACGAGACGUUAAAGUCCAGCGCAGCUCUGCAAGACUUUCUGGGAGUUCAGGCGCCAGAGAUGCCCAGCAGCGUCCGCAUCGUGAACCUGAUUCAAGGCGACGAGGCGCAAGUGCACCUGGAGGUCCACACGUGUGAUGACACGGAGCUAGCGCAAGCAAUGGCCACGCAUGUGGACGCAACUGUCCUCCUGCUCAGCCAAAGCACAGGAGUGGAAGAUGUGGAGCUGGAAAGCUUCCGAGUGCCUGCCGCAUCGCCUGCAACUGUGGCCAUUGCUGGCCUGCAGCCAUCGAACAUGUACGAGUUCCAGGUCCGUGCGGCUAACUCCGUGGGUAGCUCCGCAAGCGUUUGCAUCCGGAUCCUGGUGCCCGAGAACGCCGACUGCGAGACGGGCAUUGCUGCAAGCACUGUUCCUGCACCUGCUGCCCCUGAAGCCGCACAUGCCCUUGAGCGGCAGUCGGACGAUGAAGGUGUUGCUACAAGCGCUUCCCCUGUUCUUUCUGCCCCUGAAGCGGCAAAAGCCCUUGGGCGGCAAUCGGACGAUGAAGGUGUUGCUCCUGCCGCCACGCUGGCUCCUGCGCUUGCAGCUCCCGAGGCGGAAGCAGCGCCAAGAGCGCUUCAGUGGCAGGCUGAUGAGGGUGCAGGUGUUGCUCCUGCCGCCGCGCUGGCUCCCGCGCUUGCGGCUCCAGAGGCGGAAGCAGCGCCAAGAGCGCUUCAGCGGCAGGCUGAUGAGGGUCGCUUCAGCGGCAGGCUGAUGAGGGUGCAGGCAAGCGGUGCAGUGUUGCUCCUGCCGCCGCACUGGCUCCCGCGCUUGCAGCUCCAGAGGCGGAAGCAGCGCCAAGAGCGCUUCAGCAGCAGGCUGAUGAGGGUGCAGGUGUUGCUCCUGCCGCCGCGCUGGCUCCCGCGCUUGCAGCUCCAGAGGCGGAAGCAGCGCCAAGAGCGCUUCAGCGGCAGGCUGAUGAGGGUGCAGGUGUUGCUCCUGCCGCCACGCUGGCUCCCGCGCUUGCAGCUCCAGAGGUGGAAGCAGCGCCAAGAGCGCUUCAGCGGCAGGCUGAUGAGGGUGCAGGUGUUGCUCCUGCCGCCGCGCUGGCUCCCGCGCUUGCAGCUCCAGAGGCGGAAGCAGCGCCAAGAGCGCUUCAGCGGCAGGCUGAUGAGGGUGCAGGUGUUGCUCCUGCCGCCGCACUGGCUCCCGCGCUUGCGGCUCCAGAGGCAGAAGCAGCGCCAAGAGCUCUUCAGCGACAGGCUGAUGAGGGUGCAGGUGUUGCUCCUGCCGCCGCGCUGGCUCCCGCGCUUGCAGCUCCAGAGGCGGAAGCAGCGCCAAGAGCGCUUCAGCGGCAGGCUGAUGAGGGUGCAGGCAGGUGUUGCUCCUGCCGCCACGCUGGCUCCCGCGCUUGCAGCUCCAGAGGCGGAAGCAGCGCCAAGAGCGCUUCAGCGGCAGGCUGAUGAGGGUGCAGGUGUUGCUCCUGCCGCCGCGCUGGCUCCCGCGCUUGCAGCUCCAGAGGCGGAAGCAGCGCCAAGAGCGCUUCAGCGGCAGGCUGGUGAGGGUGCAGGCGCUGCUUCAAGCGCUGCCCCUGCGCUUGCUGCCCCUGAAGAGGUGCAAGCCCUUGCGCGGCCGCUGGGCGAUGAAGGUGUUGCUCCUGCCGCCACGCUGGCUUCUGCGCUUGCAGUGCCAGAUCAGCAGCAGACUGCUCAGGGUGCAGGGAUCACCACAGUGCCGAUUGCGGAAACCAAAGCAGCAGCGAAGUCGCGCGAGGAAGGUCAACUGAAGCUGAAGCAGCCGUCCCCUGGGUAUGCUCGCAUAGGCAGCAUUGAGGUCCGGGUCUCACAGCUGCCGGAGAACAAAGCGCCGGGCGAGGCUUUGGACGCCCUGGUGUUGCUUCAAGAACGCUACGAGAUCUCAGAACAAGCAGCGCUGCGGCUCUUCUUGGGCUGCAACUUUGACCUGCAGGAGGCGAUUCGGCGGUACGACGGCAUCCUGGAGUGGCGCAAGUUGCACCGCGCAGAUGAGCUACGGCAGGAACUCAUAUCACAGCUGCAAAGCUGUAAGGAGCUGAAGCCCUCAUUUCAGCAGGAGGUUGGCAAGCUCGUCACUGUGAACCCCUGCGCUCUGAUGACCACAGAUGGCUCUCCUGUCACGCUAUACCAUGUUGGCACCGCACAAGCGGCAGCCGCUGGGAAAGCACGCGAUGACCAGCUGCAGAGGUGGGGCGUAUUCACUUCAGAAUACAUUGACUUGUGGCUCACGCACCAGACGGCAGCCAGCGGCCGGUUGGCAGGGCACGUGCAGAUCUAUGAUCUCCACAAUGUCAGCUUUUGGCAAGUUUCGAGCGGAGCGCUGGUUGAGAAGUUCAGAGUCCUUUUGGGAGCUGGCCAGAACUACAUGGAACAGGUGUCCCACAUUUUCGUCAUCCGCUCUGGCUCCAUCUUCACCAUGGCCUGGAAGUUUGUGAAGGGCUGGGUGUCUCCGCGCACAGCCUCAAAGAUUCACGUGUCCAGUGACAUCCCCCGGGAGCUCUUGGAGCUGCUGGGGCCUGGCUCGGCGCUUCCCGGGCUGCUGCAGAGCCCCCAGUGGUCUGCCCCUGUGCUGCGCCCAUUGGCUGUGAGCCCUGCUUGA